UUUUGUCGUCAUUGAAUCUCGCAGCGGUCGUUUUGCCAGCUGACGCACUCUUUCAAGCUUCAGAUUUAGUUGCGAGCAUUUACACUCCAGAAAAGGUACUCAGGACUCAGGAGCAAACGCAAUGUGGUGAAGUAUGAUAAUCUUUCUCCGCAUCGCCACGAUCUUGGCCUUUGUUGUUAGCGCACAACACACACGCGGAGCCCUAGAGCCCAGAGACGGUCGUCACCUCCAGACUCCUGCAGCGGAUGAGGAAGGAUCGGCAACAGACAGUUCAGCGUCAGGAGACACACCGUCACCAAACAGGACUGAUACGAGACCAUUUCCAACAGAAUCAACACACCGCCUAACAUUUGCUGAAGAAAACUGGCGUGAUCUCCUUCAAGGGAACGGACAGCAAUGGAAGGCUAACUACCCUCCUUUACGUCAAUACUACUAUGUCUCCUCAUACAAGAGAAAAUGGCGUCAAGACUCGCCGACUCUCCUUCUUGUGGGUGGAUUACGUAACGGAAAAGCUCUCAGCGAUACGUGGACUUACACGCCUUGGACAAAUUCUUGGCUCAAACUAACGUCCAACCCGCCAUUGUCGCCCACGUAUGCGCCAGGACACCAAGUCCUUCCAACGCUCUGUGACACGUAUGUCGUCAUGAUCCAACAAGCUGGACAUAUUUGGUACUUCAGCGCAUGGACCGAAACGUGGACACGAGUUUCCGUGCCUACACCAAACGGCUACUACCACUACUUGAACAACAACAAAGGAACAGUUUCGCUGUCUAACCACAUUUGUAAUUCAACCUCAUGCGUUUGUUCUGGCACCGUCUUUAUCUACGGAUACCACAAACAAAAUCGGAAAUACGUUCUCACGCUAAAGCUACAAUGCCAAGAGAAGAAUAGACGUGAACUAGACUGCAAGUGGAACCGUCCGGUCAGUUUCAAUAUGAGAGCGCAAUCUGCGGGAUCGGGACUGAUGGCGACGGCCGACAACCGUCGCGCAUGCGUCUACUUCACAAGCAGAUGUGGGAACGACGAGUUCGGUGAGUCGCCGAAUGGAACCGCCGUGUUUAGAUUGGACGUUCACACGCCGGACCGAUCUGCAGAACCACUCGACUUCGAUACUUCUUUGUGUUAUAAAAAUAUCUUCGUCUGGAAUGACUCCCAUUUGAUGGUUACGUUGGUGCGUCACGCCUUAGUGGUAUCGUUGAACAACAGCAAGAGACAUCGACUGUUACUUUUGGGUGUACAUAAUCGGGACAACGCUCUGCUUGAUGUCAUAUUGAGUGUACCGUCUCUCGGGCCCGUUCGUCUUCAUUUUCCUUUGGGUGGACCGAAAGUGUCCGUCUAUGAUGUGAACUCGAGCUCGGUCGUCGACUUUCCUUCUUUUGUUGAAGAGGUGAGGCCGGAUUAUCGACGUUCUCCGGGUUUUCUGCGCUAUCAUACCUCUGUGUAUGACUACGAGUCUCAGACCUUCUAUUUAUACGGUGGCUUGAGAUAUGAUCGCCGUGGGAAAUUGCUGGGUUCGUCCACCGGAAAUCUAUGGAAGCUCACCAUGAAUUCGAUGGUCUGGUGGUUGAUGAGACCCCGAGAAGCUCCCAGUAGUUACAUAGCUAACUGUGGAGCGUACAGUGGUUCCAGCGUCGUUCUCUUCGGAGGACGCCACGAGAACGGCAGCAUCGCGGACGAGCUGUGGCUUUUCGAAACGGAGCAGAGACUGUGGACUAGAAAGGAUGUGGCGGGCCGGUCUCGCCCGCAAGCCCGCGCAGGCUGCAGCCUGACUUCUUCUUCCGUACUCGAACCUCUCAUCCUAUUCGGAGGAUAUUCGGACGCACAAAACGCAUUGUCUGACGUGUGGUUUCUCUAUAUGCGUGCUGGUAAUUCCACGGAGUGGCUUAGAGUGCUUAAUGACAAUCCGAAACGCGCUCCGUUGUCAAGAUUCGGUCACAGCUCUUUGAUUUCUGGAAAUGAGCUGAUUGUGUAUGGCGGGAAAGGGCAUGCGACUGCGAAAAGGGAAAUCGUGUGUUUUGCUGAUAUGUGGGCGUUUGACAUCUCAAGAAGAACGUGGAGAGAACUUUUCUCACUCCCAACACAGCAUUCCUUGACUCACAGCGCGUUUCCAACAAACGGAAGUCUCGAUUUUGAUCACUGCAGCUCGUUUCUGUUGCCUUACGGGGGGUCCCGGAUCGUUGUGUGGGAGUAUGAACGUCACGGAGCGAAAAACGUGACGUCUAACUUUGUUUGGAUGAUCGACACGAGGUCGAUGAAAAACAGAGAUCUGACUCCGCGACGUAAGUUGAACGUUCACGCUUAUUCGGCCGGAACGUGGAACGGUACUCUCGUCUAUUAUGGUUACGGUCAAUCGAAAUGGAGUUCGACCGCACGAUUUCGAUCGGAAGUUAUGGUGGGCAUCGGUAGAGCUUGCCAGCUCGGAUACGCCCAGCUGGACGGACCCACAGGCGCGUGCGUGCCCUGCCCUAACGGAUAUUAUUCUCGGAAGUAUAUGAAUGUA